UGUUUUAAUUAUUCUCCGCGUCUACGGUCCAGUUUCACGAAUUUAGCCAUGCGAAAUUACGAGUCACGAAAGUAAAAAUACCCCUAUAACGGAUCACGAUAGAGUACUCGAUCACGAGUUUAUUUUUAGGCCUUUCACGAAUCACGGAUUUAAUUAAGGGCCAAUCACGAAUCAAGAAAAUACUCUUCACCGCCCUGUUUCUUUCGAUUGCGAUUGCAGACUUUCUGAAAAUUACUGAAGGAGUUAAUGUAUGAAAAUGCCGAGCGGAUGAAGGUUGACCAAUUGUUUUUAAUUAUCAUUAGAGAAAUGGCGAAAGUUUUGCGAAAAACCCCAAGAAGGCAAGGAGUUCUAUAAACUUGAGCGUCAUUAUCUUAAAGCACCCCGGGAGUGACUUUUAGAUUUGAACACCCAAGAAUUCAUAAUGUAGGCCAAACCUUAUAUGCGACUGAAACACAGGCUACCCUGAUGAAACUACGAGCCUGACGUAGGGAAGUUUGAAUAGACUUUAAGACACAAUGUUUCUUUAACAUAAAUAUUUCAGAUAUAUUUUGCUAUGUCAAACACUGAGCACAGUUGUUGGUGAAGGGAUGUUUUGACCGUCUCUUAGUCUCCCCGCUCACCUGCUUGUGCCAUCAUAACCAAAUCUGGUGAAAACAGUUAACUUCGACUCAUUAGAUUAUAGGAGUUACAAGGAAAUAAAUAGAUAACCGCGGCUACAUACCCUUUUCACUCCUUAUAUUAAACUCAUAAAUCUGGCGCAAAGAAACACAAAUCUAACAAGAUUUAUCGCAAUAAAAGAAUGCAUUAAAUAUUGACGUUGUUGUAAAGAACAAGUUUGCAUUUGUUCAUAGUAACCAGAAUGUUUUACAAAGGAAUCGUUUAUUGAAUCUUUUUCUUAAAUCUCAAAUGAAUAUGCCCAGAGAUACAGAGACUCUAGAUUGGAUACCAGAAUGUUUGUUUUUCUUCUAUUGUAUAGUAUGUUAAGUUAAGCUCGAACAAUGUAUAUGGAAAUCAAGCUUCUUUUUACAAAACUUAAUUUUUAUUCUUUUCACUCUUACUUAUUUUAAUCAAAUACUGGCACAAAGAAACACAAAUCUGACCGAUUUCUCGAAAUAAAAGAACUUUAGGCAUGAUUUCAAUUAAUUUACUUGUCGUAUUGAUGACAAUUUUGCGUUUGUUCUUAGUAACCAAAUGUUUAAACAACCGUGAAAUUAUCUAAAAAAUAUCUAAAGAUGGAAAGACUUUAUUGAAAUAUCAAUAUAUUAUUAUUUUUUUAAUAUUGUUUGACAUAUGAAAUAUAGCUCCUUUAUUUUAGGUCCAUUAGGAUAAACGCUCCAGAGUAAAAUGAAAAUUAUGCUUUUUUUUAAAUAAGGAUUUAGAGGUCACUUUAAUGCCUGAACUAUUUAAAUAUAAAUUUUUCUUAAGCUGUUUUAUAGGUACCGACAAGAGAUCAUGGUCUCUUGGUACCGAUGAAUUAUUGAUGAAGAUGACAUUGUCAGGAAUCCUCAACAUUGAAAGAUCGGUUGACCAAUGGGUCUCUACGCUCAAAUAAGGAUCACUGUAGGAUAUGGUAUUUAUUGACGAAACACUUCAAAAUUCAACCAUUUAUUUAAGUCAAGCUCAAGAGCUACCAAGACGCAAAAACUCCCAAAGCUAAAAUUUCCCAAGCUAUAAGUUUCCCCAAGACACGAAAACUUUCAAAGCUUAAGAUUUCCAAAGAAAACUUCGAAGCUAAAGAUUUCACAAGACAAGAAAACUUCCAAAGUUAAAGAUUUCACAAGACAAGAAAACCUUCAAACCACCUCAAAUACUCCCAAGACGCGAAAACUUUUACAAGGAUGCCCAGUUUCAUGACACUCAUUGUUUGGACGACCUUGUCGCUAUGGCAACAGGCGACGUCCCUCGAGCAGUGCGACUUAGAAAGGGAUCAAGGUGAGAAUAUUCUAGCAAAUCACGUGAUCGAGCGGAUCGAGGGCUCCACCAGAGCACUUUGCUGGAUGGCGUGUGACGCUAAGACACAGUGCCACAGCAUCAACUUUUUCCUAAAUACGGAGACUUGUGAGCUGAAUAACGCCACGCAUCUUAGUCAUCCGGAGGACAUGGUGAAGGACGUUCCAGGCGGAAGCUAUAUGCUUUACCCGCUUCACCCUUUGUUCAACUGCAGCAACAAGCUGUGUAAGAAGAAAGAAAGAUGCGAGGUUGAUCCUAACGGCUCCACCAUCAAAUGCAUUCCAGUUGACUGUGCGCUUUUCUUUCCGAAUGGAGGCGAGGACGAUUACAUCAUCGUGAAUGGGACACUUCCCGCUAUGACGUCAUUCACCGUUUCCUUUUGGAUAAAAGUACCAAGUGGAUUUUCCAGUAACUUCAGCGCUACGGUCUUUUCUUAUAUCGACACGAAUGAACAUUAUAUUAUGACCAGAGUCGAAUACGAAUCAGCAAUCAGGCUCUAUUUAAGAGGGACAUACCUGAAAUGGGAUGGACAUAUGAUCUACGACCAAUGGCAACACCACUGUUUAACUGUGGCAUAUUCAGUUGAAAGGGACAGAACCUAUAUGGAAUCUUAUCUCAAUGGGAAUUCACUUGGUAAGGAAUAUAAAGGCUCUGAUUUGAGAGUUCUAGCGGGGGGCAGAACAAUUAUUGGUCAACGACAGAAAAGAGUAGACGAAUUAUCCUUCUCUGGUGAUAGUAUGUUCGGCUACAUUUCAGGCUUAAAUAUCUAUAACAAUAUGAGCGAUGGGGCGAAAUGUGUCGAGAUAUUUGGGGACGGGUUUAGUGGUAACCAUUACGGGGAUGUACUCUCGUGGGUAAAUGUAGUUAGCGGAGAGUUUGUAGGGAGUGUUAAAGAAGUGUGUUCAAGUGAUUUGUAAAAGAGCAAGUGAGUAAAACAUGCUUGAGGGUCCAGCAUUCUUUGUGUAUUAGGAGACCCAGCGGUCUUUGCGGGCGCUUGCUGAAGGUACGUGAUAUUUUUUUCGCGGGAAAAAG